AUGGAUACUAGAGAUAUAAAUCAAGAGCUGAGGGAGGAGGAGGCUCUUCUAUCGAGUGUCCACCCAGCACGGGGAUCUCUUAGAGUCCACACAUUGGCGAACAAAGACAGCGAAAUCAUAGGAGAUUACACUAAUGUCAUACUGACGAAAUCUACGCUGGAGUCACUACAAAGGAUUGAGGAGGCUCAAACGAACACAGGAUUGAAAAGACUGGGGAGAGUGUUAAGGACCGUAUUAAGAUCGAUCAACCCUUUCAACAAAGAUCAGUUUGCUCUUUACUCCAAAUUUGAGAAACUCGUUCUUAAUGAACCAAACGAUGCAACUAUCAUUGCAAAAUACUCUACGAUCACCAAAUUGAGGUCAGGGCUACCACUUUGCACGUUGUCUAUUCCCCACCCAUUGAGGAUGUACAGCGAGAGAAACGUCGAGGAUUUCGACACCGUCAAAACGUUUUUGGAACAGCUAGACACACUUCCAGUGUUGGUAUUAAUCCAUGGAUUGGGUGGCCAAAUGUCACAGUUUGAGCCAUUAAUGGGGUUGUUUUCGCAGUGUGCCGAUGUCGUGAGUUUAGACCUGCCCGGGUUUGGCAACUCCAAGUUCAACACGCCAAAUGUCAAUUUCUUCAAACUCUCGAGCUACGACAAGGAUCAGGAAUUGGAGAUGAGAAAGCAGUUUAAAAAAUUAAAGUGGGAUGAUUUCAAGACCGAAAAUAUUGCCACUAUCAUACAGGAGUUUCUGGAUCAGUUCUUCCCGAAGCGGACUUUUAUUCUUGUGGGACACUCUAUGGGGACUCACAUCUCUACCAAGUUGUUGUUGAAGCUAAAACCAGAAACUGUGGAGGCUCUGGUGCUGUUAUCGCCUCCCAGUUUCGUUGGGUCGAAGCCGUUUGUGUCACCUCUGCAGAAGUUCUUCCUCUCCAUAUUCAACUUUUUCCCAGUGUUGUUCGACUUCUUUAGGAUUGCUGACAGAAUAGGCGGAAUUGAAUCCAAAUCUGUUUUGAGCUAUAUAUACUCCGGUGGGGAAAAUCACUCCGCUUUUAAGAAGCUAAGACAGAUGAGAUGGAACCUGGACACUGACUCAGAGACAUUUUUGAAGUACAUCCGUGGUUUCCAAAGAUGCGAUGGAUUAGAGCUAGUAAGAGCAUGCAAGAGGAUCCGUGUGCCACCUACUGAUGAUGCUUUAUCCACUGUACUAAUUAUGUGUGGAGAAGACGACAAAGUGACCCCCUUCAAAGCCUCCCAAGCCACUUAUGAGUAUCUGAAGGACUCUGGGAUAAAUCCCACGUUGCGAAAGAUUUCCCAUUGCAACCAUUCUCUUCUGUUGGACAAACCAGAGCUGGUGAGCGGAUUGGUACUGGAUUUUGUGGAAUCAUUGCCAUAUUUGCAUAUCAGCGUUCCCUGGUGUUUAAAGGUCAAGGCCACCAUCAACGGGGACAAAUGGGGGCUGAAGAACGAGCUCAAAUGGGCCAAGCUUCAGAAUGUUUCUGAAGCAAUUGUGAACCCAACCACGGGAGAAGAGAGUCCGUUGGUUUCCAUGAAAACCCUGAGAGAAUCAGACCCAAUUCAUAACCCAGCCAGUUUCGAAGCCGCCAAUCCAAGGGUCAUAGGCAUAAUCGACAUUGGGUCAGACUACCCUUCCUACAACCCUGAAGGGUUCACCAGGGUCAAAUACCACAAACUGCCCACUGUCUCCAAGUACAUCCCAGACUCCGUCCAGGUAAGGAACUUUGUCGAGUUGGUGGAGUCCAUAUUGGAGGAGUAUCGUGAAACUCACUCGGACUCUAGCCCCCAACCACUGGUUGCUGUACACUGCCAUUACGGGUUCAACAGAACUGGUUAUCUAGUUUGUUGCUAUUUGGUGGAGAAGUGCGGCUGGGAUGUUGCAGAUGCUCUAGAAGGAUUUAGAAAGUCUCGAGAACCAGGUAUAAAGCAUCCUCAUUUCAUCGAUGGGUUAUAUCUGAGGUACAAUAAUGAUUGA